AUGGUCACGGGCUCGAAGAGCAUUGCGGCGCCCGAGACGUCAAGCGCUGCCCCCGCGGCCUCAAUGGCCGCAGCGCCGCCGCCUGCGCCUUCUCUGCACCGCACGAAUGCGUCUCCUCCAGCGCUUCCCCGCAAGAAAGAGGUCCGCAAGCCGUCGCACGCGGCUUCCGGCGGCACGAGCGUGAGCAUGAGCAAGAAAGCGGCGGCGGACGGCAGUCUGGACGCGCUGGUGGGCGGCGCUGCGGGCCUCUCGAGCGGCGACCUGUUCGCGCGCAACUUGUCGGUGAUGAGUGUGGCGCACGUGGCCAACGGCGUGGGCUUUGACGCCGUGCAGAAGUCGGCCGCCGACGCGCUCGCCGAGAUUCUCGCCAAGUACAUUCAACGACUUGGAGGAGCGGCAAAGGGCAUUGCCGAGCUCGCUGGACGGACACAAGUGAAGGCGACGGACGUGCUUCACGCGCUUCAGGACCUCGAGCCAAGUGCAGUGGACUUGACAGACCUCGUGAAAACGCUGGGGACGGCCAAACGACCGUUUCCGAGGGACGUGGCGGCGUUUCCAGCUCGGAAACGAGACAUCUCGAGCUCUGCAAUGGAGCAGACGAAGAUUGGACGACGAGAGCAGUUGCCACUUCACGUGCCGAGCUUUGUGCCGCCGUUGCCAAAUCGUCAUACGUACAGCUCAGACAGUCGACUGGUGGUAGAGAGAGAGCAGGACACAAAACGUCAGCGUCUCGAGCUUAUCGGUGAAAAAGCGCAAGUGCGGCAGUCGCUGCAUGGCCUUCAAACUGUAGCUGCGAAGCGAUCAGCCGUUAGUGUACACCAGCCAACGUGGAACGCGUUUCAAGGGUCAACAGGUGAUACUGCCACGAGAAAUCCAUUCGUUCAGGCACCGAUUGUCAGUCCCAAUGCCAAGUCCAUUUUUGCCUGUGAAGGGCGUGACUUUGUGCCAAAGGUCGAUAGAAACGCAGCACAGUCCAAGAAUCAGCUAAGCAGUAACGUGACUAUCCCGAAGCUGUCCAGCCAAGAGUUGGGCAAAGAAGAAAAGAUCUUGUCCGGCACCUUCCACGACGGCGACUCCGAGUAG